GUACAUAUGUAUGUUUGGAAAACAAAAUUGAAAAUCCAGUGCUCUCUGCUGCACUGUCCAUAAGCAUUUUCUUAUCGAACGGAUGCAAUGACAUUUGGACAUGUACAUACAUAUGUACAUAGAUGAAGCAGGAGAAUCGCGUACGAGUAUUCGUGGAUGGACACACUCAUUUCCCUGCGACUGAUCGACUUAUCAGUGGUGGCAGUGAACAAAAUGCACUCAGCAUAGUCCCAAUAAGAAAUACUUCUGUAAAACAACAUAAUUCAGUGGACUGAAGAAAAAACGAUAAAGAUGCGCCCCAGUGGCUGGCAGUUACUGGUUCUGCUCCUCCUGCUGUGUCUCAGUCUCUCUGGCGCCGUGCGCCAGUUGGAUGAGAACCAGAGCACCAAGAAGGAUCACCGUCACGCCUCAGAGCGACAGGUGCGGCGCCGCAACAAGAGCAACGCCUCCGCCGACCGACAAAUACCACCAAAGGUCACCAGUAGCACCAAAAGUAAGACUUCAGAUAGCACGGACUCGGAAGACUAUGACUGGCUGGAUGUGGAAACCAGCGAGGCACUCGAUAGUUCGGAGACGGUGGCCGUUCAAUCAGUGAGAGCUCAUGGAGAUGGCGAGUCACAUGAUAUCUUCACAUGUUGCAAUCAGGUCUUUGGCUCAUGUCGCACAGCUUGCGAAAAUUUAUCGUUGGUGGAGUUUGCCUCGGGUGGCGCUGGCGAUGGUCGUGAGGAGCUGCGAAAGUAUUGUCAACUGCCUCAGGUGGAAUUCUGGACGUGCAUCAACCAGACUUUCGAAGCGGUCACCCGCGGUGCCGACUGGUCGGGCAGGCGUUGCUGCCAAUUUGGUGUUCUGCAACAUUGUCGGAAUGUCUGCGCCUCGGCGAACCAAGCACCGGUCCACAACUGCAGGCAGAGCGAUGAACAAAUGCUGUACGACUGUCUGGAGCGCCAGGAAGCGGCGGAUCGGUGUUGUGGCCAGGCGCGCACCUCCGAGUGUCUUGAGACUUGCCGUGCUGCCUUUGAGCCCUCCAAUGCCAGCCAGGGUCAUAUGGACAUUGAUUCCUCAUGCGGGGAUCGCAACUUGGAUGUGGUACAGUGCAUACACAACCACACGGAUAUGGCGCCGUUGGCCAACGCCCAACAAUAUCUGCAGUGCUGUGCGUACAGCAACAAGGAGCACUGUCGCCACACCUGCCGGAACCUGCUGCAUCAGAAUGGGACCCAGGUAGAGCGUAGCGAAGUGAUUUUUACGCGGCUGGAGGCGGCGGGAUGUGGCACGCCCUUGCCACACUUGCCCUUCUGGCAAUGCUUCCUGACGGUGACUCGAAAGCUGUAUGUUCCAGCUGGAGGAGGACUUUCAUCGCACCGACGAGUGGGGGGCAAGGCAACUGAGGCUGUGGGAGAAGCAAACCACCUUGGCAUCGAUGCAGCCAAGCGGCAGUGCUGCGAGCAGGCCAGCAGCCACAGAUGCCGUCGCCUCUGCACCCAGAUCUUCACCAGUGACUGGUGGGAGACACGGGUCAGCUUCGACAGCGAGUGUUUGGAGCAGCCCGACGAACGGGAGCUGCGUCGAUGCGUAGAGAGCGUGGAUGCCCCGUGCGAGCUGGGCUGCGAUGGCCUCAGCUUCUGCUCAAACUUUAAUAAUCGUCCGACGGAUCUCUUCCGCAGCUGCACCCCAGCCCACGAUGCGGCGGCCAGGGAGGACUUCCUGAUGCUGCAGAAGCGCGGCUUUGUUCGGGUUCUCGGCCAGGAACUUUUCAUCAAGAACACCACCAGCUGUGCCCCAGACAAAUGGCAGGCUCUUGUGUGCGCUCUGCAACUGCAACCCUGCACUAGGAUGGGACUCUUCAACGGCAUCUGCAGCGAGGACUGCCACGAGCUGCUGGAGGAGUGCUUGGACUGGACACGCCAACAGAAGCGACCCCAGGCCAUUUGUUCGCGACUCCAACCCACGGUGGAAGAGGACGAGGAGCCGCUCCCAUGCAUCUCCUUACGGUCGUAUCUGCGGAAAGAGCCCCGCAACGCUGUUGGACCUUACGGACUGACCUCGCCCUGCUCUAAAAAACCGUGCAAUGCAAGUGAGGUGUGUGUCCUGCAGAGGAGAGGCGACAUCCAAGGCUACGCCUGCAUUCCAGGAUGCAGCCUGGGCCAGGCCUCAAGCCUGAUUGUGCCCUUUGGGGCGUACGUACGGCUCGGCAAGAGCAGCUUCCACACCAAGUCCGAUGUGGGCCAGCCACUGACCGCCGAGCACAUUGUUUGCAGCUGCGGACUUCAGGGCCACCUAGAGCAGUGCCAGCCGCUGCCCAGCUACACCCACGCCCACUGCACACUUCCAGGGGGACGAAGUUUCCGCCAUGGCUCAUCCUUCUACCUGGAGUGCAAUCUCUGCAGCUGCUUCGCCGGCGAGAUCACCUGCACCAAGAAGCAGUGUCGCCUGCCCGGAUUCACGGACUCCAGCUACACAAGCCUCCCAUGCAACUGUGCGGCUCAUUACGUGCCCGUGUGUGGCUCGAACGGGAACACCUAUCCCUCGGCCUGCGUGGCCAAGUGCCACAUGCCGGAGGGCAACUAUGUGUACGGGGCAUGCAAUGCCCGAAAUGCUUGCCAGGCGGCGGCUCCCAACAGUUGCCCUCAAGGAACCCAGUGCCUAGACAAACGGAAGGUUUGCCUGGCCAGCAUGCAGCGGCCCUGUCAGCAGUACGUCUGUGUAAACUCCAGCGCCACAAACUGCUCCUCCUACCAUCAGGAUGAGGUGUGUGACACCGAGGGACGAACUCACGCCAAUGCAUGCGCUCUGCUGAGAGAAAAUCCCAGUGGUCAGGUGGACUAUUGGUCGGCCUGCCAGUCGAAUCGCGCCUCGCCGUCGCCGUCGCCGUCGCCCGUCUGUGGCAUUAAUGGGGUGACCUAUCGGAGCAUUUUCGCAGCGAGGGCCGAGUACGUGCUGGCCGACUACGUGGGUCGCUGUCGGGAGGUGGGCUUGCUGGCCAGCGAAAUGGGAAGACGAUGUCGGACAGUCCAGUGCCCGGCUCCAGUGUCCAGAAACUGUCGAUUGAUUGUGCCGCCCGGGGCAUGUUGUCCGCUUUGUGCAGGCGGAGCCUUCAGGAUUAUCUACUCCCGGAAGCAGUUUGAUCGGGCCAUGUAUGGGCUGCGCGCUCAGAACAGCACGUUGCUCACGCUGCAUGGGGUGCUCCAGCAGCUCGACGGGCUGGUGCAGGUUAACGAGUGCCAGCUGACGGGAUUUCUCACCAUGGAAGUAGGCAUUUUUGUGGCUCUGGUGCCAAGCAGCAGCAUCAAGCGACCAACCCGGCUCCAACUGGACGCUUGUGCGCGCGAGGCAGAAAAGAUCUCUUCGCUGAUAAAUGCCCAGUCCCCAAGGAUCACUACCAACCUGGCCCUGUCAUGUCUAACUGUAUCGCAUAUGCUGGAACCCACACCAAAUGGAGCGGAAUUGCAUGGUUCUAGAGCGCUAUUGCUAGUGCCCCUCAUCUUUUUUUUAGUUAGUAGUUAUAGGAUAGAAUAUUAGCUUUAUAAUGAGUGUUUAAGAUGUGAACAAUCAAGUGGAUUCUUGGUGCCAAUUAAUCAAUUAGUUUACCAGAUGGAAUGUGCCUUCAACGUCUAGGAAUUGUCCCUCUAUAUUAUGUGAUAUUAGGCUCAUUAAUUAAUGUUUAAGCAAAAGGUCCGGGUUAUGCUAUGUAUGUAGAAUGGGUUUUUAUUCGCUGUCGGACAAACCAACGUCUGUCCAUGGGCGCAGCUAGUCCAAUAAAAACUCACUUAUGGACCCCCCAAACCCCACUAGUAAAAGAGCGAAUUAAAUUGAAGCAUUGCUCCAUUUAUUGAACCAA